AUGAGUCUCCUCCGCACCUCCUGCGCCCUGACCACGCGCCGUGCCCUCUACCGCGUCUUCGUCUCCCCAUCCAUCACCACCACCACCACCACCACUACCGCCGUCGCCGUAGGCUCCUCCCUCUCGACGCCGCAGCAGCUCCUCCGCGGCACCAACGAACACCGCCGCCUCCUCGCCACAAUGGUUCCCAACCGCCGCGGGCCCGGCCCCGUGCGCGUCGACGACGACGCCGACAAGGACCGGGGCUUCGACCGCCGCUUCACCACGCAAAAGGACAUUGACCGCCUAGGCCGCGACCGGCUCCCACGCGACCACGAAAUCACGGACCCGUACGUUGACGUCAUCGGCGCUUCAUCCUCCUACUCUUCAUCAUCAUCCCCGUCGGGGGACGACGCGCCGGAAUCCACGCAACAGCGGCAGUCCACGCGCUUCGUCCUCGAGCGCCUCCGCCCCGGCGAGUCCCUGCGCAUGGUCCAGCCCUACCUCCCCGCCGACCCGGACGCCGACCGCCCCUACCCGCGCCUCGCCCUCUGCCGGGUCGUCGACACGCGCAACGAGUACGCCCGCCAGCGGCAGCUCAAGGAGAGGAAGAAGCAGGCCGCCGCCGCCGCCGCCACCGCCGGGAGGGCGGGCGCGGGCAAGACCAAGGAGCUGGAGCUCACGUGGGGGAUUGGCGCGCACGACCUCGGCAUCAAGAUGCGCCAGAUGAGCGACUUUUUCGCCAAGGGCAUGAGGGUGAAGCUCAUGAUUGCGCGCAAGAAGAGGGGCAAGGAGGCUACCGACGAAGAGGCCGACGACGUGGUCCGUCGCGUGCGCGAGGCGGCGGCCGCGCAGGGCGCCCGUGAGGACCGCCCUGCCGAGGGGCAGCACAAGCGCACGCUGCACAUGUUUUUCGAGCCCAAGUCCGGCAAGUGA